AUGUUAAGCGCCAGGCCACCACCCCCCAGUCGUCCACCGAAGCGACCCGCCGCAUUCCACAAGUUGAGUCGCCACCCGCUGCCCCAAAUGAGCCGCACGGCUGUGAACAAGACCACGGGCCAUGCGCCUUCCACGCUCAUGCUGGAACGGAUGCAAGAGGCGGCUUCGGACUUGGCCAUCUUGGCGACUACGACCCAAGGGUGGCGGUUUGCGAAUGAGCGCAACGGUGCCAUGGUCUACGACAUGGUCGGACGGAAAUUGCCGCCCAACGUCACGACUGCCCGGAAAUUCGGACGCGGAGCAGGCCAUUCGUCCGACUAUUACCUCGUAAGGGCAGUUACGACGGUCCAUACGGACGUGGCUGCUAUGCUGGAAUUGCUGCAUUCGUCCACGACGGACGAGUUCCGCCUCGUGAUGAAACAGGUGUUUCUACAGUAUUUUCAGAACGGAGUCACGUUGGACAAGUUGACUUGCACGACGCCGCCACCUUUUGCUGCAGAUCCCGAUGCUGGCGCGGAAGGAGCGAGACGAAGUUACUCGGAGGACGACUCGUACUCGGUCAACUGGUUGACGCUCAAAGCCCAGGCGAAGCUCGGGGAUGUGGAGAACCACCGCGAUUUCACGCUGGUUUGCUACCAGGAUGCGUUCUCGCGACACGAUUCAGGGGCUUUGGAGCGGGUUGGACGCGGAACAGCCAGGGCUCGAUCGAGCACAUCUAACCUCCAACCGCAGAGCAAAUUAGUCGGUGUGCACGUGCUCAGCAGCGUCAACUUUCAAGCGGUGCCGGAACUGCCGAUUCCAGAAUGCACAGAUCGACUGCACUUCCGAAAUUCCGGGUUUGUAGUUGAAGAAACCUCGGAGCCUAAUGUGCUGCGACUUUCCUUGCUGCUUUCGCUGUUGCCCACGAAGGCGACAUUAAAGCAUGCGAGAAAGUAUCAGCGUUGGCUGCAGGCGCUCGCAAGUUGUGUUGGGAACCUGUCAAAAGUUCUGCGACCAGAAGUGACCCUGCACUGCCUUAGUAGGCUCACGUGGAAGCAGAGUGAUCACUGCUUCAUGUGUCUGAAGAUGUUUCGCACGUUCCGCCGGUGUCAUCAUUGUCGUUUCUGUGGCGAGUCCGUGUGUAGCACCUGCUCCAGUAUGAUCAACAUGGCUGGAUAUGAGAUCUAUGACGGCAGUGGGAAGACGUUGGCGGCUGGUGCAACUGGCGGGCUACUGUCAUCGCAGUGCGAGGAGUCGUCGGCUGCAGAAUAUAGUCGCGUCGGAGAUGUUUGGCAAACGACGCCUGGAGACGAAAUGAAUGCUUCUCGUAGCAUCACUGGGACGCGCAGUCUACGAGAGGCGAGAGGCUGCAACGUCUGCGUGUCGGACCUGCGUCACGGCUUGACAUCGCCCGCUAUUGUGACGAUGCGACAAAACACCGAGCUUGGCAACUGUAGCGGCGUGAACGUAAACAGUUAUAAUGGUGGGAACUCUCUGCACGCCCGUGCGAAAAACCGGCUGAGCGCGAGCAACGAUGAAGACGAAGUCGUCCCAUAUGACAGCUUGGACGAUGUCAUUUAUGAACGUCGUCUUGGAUCCAUUGCGACGUACAUCCCGUCAAUUGACGGUGUUGGUACGAUAGUGGAGAAUGACGGACCGUUUACUGCCAGCAGUUUGGGACUAAAUGAAUCGAUUGAUGAGUUCAUGGUCACGCCUGAGGAGUUGCAAGACAAGUUUCCAGCAGUAAAUGAGCCUGCCCCAUUGCGCUUUCGCACCACGUCCGAUCCGGAUCAGCUCCGUCGCAUGCGUAAUGUGUCAGACCCGGAUCUACCGCAGCAGCUAAAGGACAAACACAGCAUGGUGUCGAUGUCCACAGCAAGCAGCUCAUUUUCACGUUCGUCGAACGACACCGCAUCGCAGUACUUACGUAAUACCAACCUCUCGGCCAUGUCAGACGAAUACUCAGCCUGCGAUCUUUCUCGCGACCCGGAUAUCCUGGCUCUUGCCGGUCUCAAACCCAGACCGUCAGAUGACCAAUACGAGAAUGCUCUGAGACAACAACCUUUGAUGCCUUGCAAAACGGAUCGUGAACAGCUCUACGUGCAGGAGGAGGGUGAUACGGCAAAGUCCGUGGAAGUGGUUUCUACAGCACAACGCCACGAGAGAGAGAUUGCUGCCAUUGAAGAGACUUUUCCUACAUCGUGGCCUGGCACUAGUGCCGCUGACGCUCGGAUGUGCGUUAGCUCAACCAGCGCAUGUGGCGGUCUUGCUGUGCCUCAACACGGUAAUUACGUCCGCUCCGAUGUUCUUCGGUACCGCAGCCAGACCACUGCGGCUUCAUCUUGGAUCCCCGCUGCGACUGCUCCGUUUCCGAUCAAGUCUCAAACAAGCAAUUGCGAAGCAAAGCAUAUCACCUUUGCUAGCUCCGGCUUUUUACCUGGUUUGGACCACUACAAUCAAGAGCCCGGGUCGACAUGCGCUGCGGGAUCAGCUAAUGGCAGCGACUUUCAUUUUAGAAGAACGAAUAGCGAGCCAGCAGUUGAGAGCAGCGAUUUGGAUGUAUCGAGAAUGAAGAGUGAACCGCCAAACACACCGGCUGCGAUCGAAGCAGCUGCUGUUACCGCAUCGACAGAAUCAACCAGCUACGCAGUGGGAACACGUCAAGUUCAGCAUUUGUCAGCAUCGAGCAGCAGCAAAGCUUCAGUGGCUACCGAGGCGCGACGAGGAUCUGUGCCAUUACCCAUGCACCACAUGAACCGACUGCCAGCUUCGAUUCCAGAGUGCUCUACAGCAUCGGAAGAGUCGAACCGCAAUGACAUGAUCUUGCUGCCCGUGUCGAAGAAAUCCCCAGCGGACUUUGUCGUGUUUUCGGACUCAAGACGUGAAUCUAUCUUCAUGCGGGCAGAUGACGGUCAAGACUUGAUCCCGCUUGAGUUUUAA